AUGGAGGGGAGGGGCAGACAGAGCCCCGCGUCCUUCAGCGACCGCUCCGGGAGUCCGUCCGGCGGGAUCAUACGCGCCGUCCUCGCACAGGCGGCUGGGAAACGGCUCAAGAAAGUGCAGAAAAAGAUUGAGAGAGCGAAAACGCCCACCUUGCUGGAGGGGGAUGAGCACAGGUACCACUCAGGAAUAUCUGACUACGACGAGGCAGAGAGAAGCUUGGCUCUGAGUGAUAAAGAUGGCCCAGUGUCCCUCCGUUCCCUCCGUGCCGGAACACCUCCACUGUUGGGCUCCAGACCCUCGUCAGGGCGGAUACCUCAGAUCAGGAGGGACACUGAUGACGAGAGCGGGAGGGAGGGAGAUGAUUCCGUUCCAAGAAGUGCAGCUUCCACCCCUCGAGGAGAGGAGAGAUUGGAGAGUGAACUUAGAAAGGAGAAGGCAGAGCUCUCCAACAUGCGGUUUGACAGAGAGAUGUUACUGGAAAGAGAAAAGCAAUAUGGCAAAAACAUCCAGGACCUGCAGAACAGAGUGUCCCAGCUGUUGACCCAGCAGGACAGACUACAGAAGGAGCAUGAAAACAUCCAGGACCUGCAAAACAGAGUGUCCCAGCUGCUGACCCAGCAGGACAGACUACAGAAGGAGCAUGAAAACAUCCAGGACUUGCAGAAUAGAGUGUCCCAGCUGUUGACCCAGCAGGACAGACUACAGAAGGAGCAUGGCACAGAGCUGGGGCGCUUCCAGAGCAAGGCCCUGGCGGACGUGGAGAGAGAGAAGAAGGAUGCAGCACAGAGGGCCAGGAUACUGGAAGGGGAGCUGGAUGCACUCAAAGUGGAGAAUGCAUCUCUAGAAAAACAGUUGAGAGUGGCUAAGACCACGAGUGCUCUGGCGAAGGAAUCAGACAGGACUGGUCGGGAGAGGCAUCAGUCUGAACUCAGAAAUAUGCAGGAUGAGAUCAGAAGAACCCACCAGCUCCUGGCCGAGCAGGAGAAAGUUGUGGAGGAGAGCAACAAGAAGAGCAAUCAGAUGCACGAGAAGUUCACAAAAGCCAGGGAACAGAAGACUCAGCUGGAGAGAGACUCAGAAAACAGCAGAAGUGUUGCAGAGCAAAGAAUUAAAACAUUAGAGGGUAGAGCCAAAGUGCAGAGGAAACCUAGAGUUGGCAAGGACUGA